AUGAAUGACAAUCUACCAGCUAACAAAGAGAGUAAAAGAAUUAAGCAUGACAAUAAGAUUUUGCUAUGUGAGAAGAGUGAAAAAAAUGGGAGCGCACAUCGAGAUUGUAAUUUAGAUUCUAGAAUAGAUAGUGAGAAAAUAAAAUUAGAAGAACCUGAUGAUGAUGAUGAUGAUAGUAAUGAUAAUGAUAAUCCAGAAAAUCUAGAAAACGUUGCUUGUAUACCUGAAUUUAUUAAAAAGCAAAUAGCAAAUGCAAAUUUCUCGACUGAGAUUUCAAGUUCAGAUAUAACGUUACCAUACACUUGCAAGAUUUGUUCAAUGAGAUUCCUUGUGAAAGCUCACUUAACAGCACAUAAAAAAAUACACCCGGAAAAGCCUUACGGCUGUAAAAUAUGUUCCCUGAGAUUCUUUCAAAAAUGUCACUUGAGAAGUCAUAUGACAAUUCACGAGGAGGAACGGCAACACAGUUGUGAAGUUUGUUCCAUGAGAUUUCACCGAAAGGCAACUUUAAUCAAACACAUGCUGAUUCACAGCGAUGAGAAAAAAUUUAGUUGUCAAGUUUGUCCAUCUUCAUUCCGUCACAGAUAUUCCUUGAGCGUACACAUGAAAUCAUCUCACGGGCAAGUAAGUGGACCUUACACUUGUGAAGUUUGUUCAACGGAAUUUGACAAAAAAAAUAAGUAUUUUGAGCACAAGCGAAUACACAUCGGAGAAGUACGUUAUGCUUGUCAAGAUUGUCCAGCAACAUACAGCGUGAAAAAAAGUCUGGUCAGACACAUGAUGGUGGCUCAUACCGGUGAAAAGCGCUAUCUUUGUGAAUUUUGUUCCAACAGAUUCACCAGUUCUACUCUGUUGAACAGACAUAGGCUUUGUCAUACUGGCGAAAAACCAUUUUCUUGUAAUAUUUGCUCAAAGAAGUUCCGAAGGAAAGAUGGUUUGAACGGUCAUAUGUUAAUGCAUACUGGAAAAAAUUUCUGGACUUGUCCUAUUUGUUCUCAUACAUUUCGUGAAAGAGCAUCCUUAUACAGGCAUAAAAAAAUUCAUACCGGUGAAAUGCCAUUUAGUUGUCAGAUUUGUUUAAAAAAAUUUCGACAAAAGCACCAUUUGACCCUACACAUGUUUGCUCAUACGGGUGAGAAACCUUUCAAUUGUGACAUUUGUGAUAGGGAUUUCCGAGAAAAAGGUACCUUGAGAAAACAUAUUAUAAAGCGUCACGGUAAAGAAAUUAAGAAGGAAUUGGAAACAACAAGGGUAGAAACAAAGACAAAAACCAAGACCAAGACCAAAAAUGUUAAGAAUGUCAGAAAGAAGAAGCCAACAGAAAAAUAA